AUUACUCAUGCAAUAAAAUGCUACGUAAAGCUUGGUUAUGAAAUUAAAGUAGGGAAGGAUAUAGAAGAAGCGAUAAAGAAUCUCUCUGGAACGCACGUUGCAGAAAUAACACCUAAUCGAGAAUCUGGAAAACCAAAAUUUGGGACGAUUCCUGGUAUCACAUCUUGGAAUGAGUGGAAAUGGCCUGAUGAUGAAAAUGAAGCAGUAAAAAGCCAUCAGAUUAUAAAGCCUCAAUUAACAGUGCCAAUGCAUUCAAUACCAAUCAAAUCAUGGAUUAAACCUAUCCCAGGGUCAACAAAACUGAUAACUCAAAAAGAAAAUAAUUUGGAUUCUUUCUAUGAUACAGAGUGUUUUCCAUUUAUAGACUUAACGAAUGUGUUAUCACAAAGUAACCAGGUGUCAUUUGCAAGUCAUAAAUUUUUUAAACUGGGUUGGGCGCAAAAAGAAAAUCAGAAAUUAAGCCAAAAAAAUGGAUUUGCUAGGAUAGCACCUCGUGCAAAGUUAUUGAUGGAGACAAUGUUCAUUACAGGAACAGUGGAUAGGAAAAAAAAAAUGAAUGCUCUUCAAAUGUGCCAAGAAUUACAGGAACAAGCAAAUAAAGGUGAACUCGAACCUGAAGAAAUUCCGAAGCUUUCAACUGUGCAAAACUGGAUCACCAAAACUGCGUUA